AUUAUUUUGUUAAAAAAAAACGUAAAAUGGUCUGAGUUAAAAGCCGGGACUUCGAUAUGUCAUCAUUCAAUUAGGAAGAUCCUGAACAAAUUUUCCUUAUCUCCGCGAAGAAACCCAUCAUUUUAAUAGACUGCAUAUCAGAUUUGACAAUGGAGAAAACAUGCAGAUUUUGCAAGGGAACGUCUGGAGCAUUCAUAAACAUUUUCGACGAGACACAAAAAUGGGACACUUGCAUUGCUGAUAUGAUAUCGGAGUGCACAGGAUACGUGGUUAGGCGAGGUGAUUCACUACCAGAAAACAUAUGUCCGCCCUGCCUUGAGGAUGCAGUGAGUGCAUCAACGCCUGGGAAACCAGGCCCUAAGAAGACGGUGAAGACGGAGACCAAGUCGGUUCAUCGUCCUCAAUCAGAAAUCGCUUCGUGGAGGGCUCCGACAAGCAAAUCGGGCCAAUCCAUGACGAGGGGCACCGGGGGCAAACCGGUUAUCGAGGAGGCUAGCAAUCAGAGCGAGAUCGCGGCUGGUAAGCGCUUUGUGACGGGAGGACCCCCGUCAACCUCGGCAGGCGGCGACGCGGCGACGGCAACGCAGGGUAAGAAGCCGUCCUACCAAGACCGUAGGCGCGCUGCCUUCAUCCUGUCCAAUGAUGACCCGGAGUUCAGGUCAUCAGCCAAGGGGAUUGAGCAGAGGCUCUGGGCCAGCUCAAUCAUCCCGGACUUCCAGCCAGCCAAAGCCGGAAAGGGUACAGCCAAGGCACCGAACAAGCGGCAACGCUCAGCGGAGGAUCCCGCUGCACAGCCAUGCCAAGGCAAGCGGGCAAAAGCCCAUUCUGCAAACAGAUCGUUUGCGAAGGUAGCGAUGGGCAAGACCCUAAUUGGCGUCCUUGACAGGGGCGCCAAGGACGGUAAUGUACCUCGGGAUAAGUGGCAUCUGGUCGAUGCAGAACUCCAGGACAAAUUUCUGGAGGAGCUUGUGGAGAACGGCGGGCCACCGCCCAAAUGCGAGGACGCCGGGUGGCAUCAAGGCACGGUAAAAGCCAUCGCCUGUCAAGAUGCUCGCUCGGCGGGCCUUUACAUUAAGGCGGUUGCAGCACUCAAGGAGGUCUACCCAGGAGCCAAGCUGGAGGCCGUAAAAUGGGAGGAUAUCCCCAGGAUACCGAGGGCCCGAGCGUGGGUCUCGGUGAAACCUGCAGAGCCGGAGAAGAUCCUCAAGGUUUUGCAGGUGUGCAACCCCCACCUACCUACAACCGAUUAGAAGGUGGCCAAGGUGGAGGAGAUCACGGGACAGAGCCGCCAGAUCAUUCUCGUCUUGAAUGAGGAGUCGCUGGAGCUCUUGGAGAAAACGUCCGGAAUAGUAGACUAUGGCUACCGGAAGGUGACCAUAGUUCCCUACAAGUCCGACUCCAAGGGCAGGCAAGCGGAGGUCGAGCCAGACCUGGAGCUGCCGGAAGUCCCGAAAGCGGUAAGCCAACCCGUGUCGGACGUGGCGUCUGUGGUGUCAGAUAAAAUCCUGGACGGCUACGCCAAAGCGUUUAGGCCCAUCAAGGUUAAGGAGGAGCUAGAGUCCCCCGACAGUAACGCCGACACUACAAUGGGUGAAGCGAGUCUCAGGAAUGUCGCUGACACUCCUGCAGAUAAAUCUCCACCUUUGUAAAGCAGCAUGUGGUGCCCUACUGCUCCACCUAGCCAAGGGUGGAGCCGAUGUAGUCCUCGUUCAGGAGCCCUGUAUCCUCGGUAACGGGGUUUCCGGUCUGAGGACUCAGGAUUAUAAGCUAAACGUAGCUGACACCACAGCCUCGAAGGCCAGGAGAGCUCACUGAGGAUCUGCUCGACAUACAUGGGUCACGACCAACCUGACCCCCCUCCACACGCGUCCCUAAGGGCGCUCAUCGCAGACUGCGAGGCCAAGGACAUCGGCCUUAUUGUGGGAUGCGACGCCAACGCACACCACUGCCAGUGGGGUAGCACUGACACUAAUGAACGGGUUAAAAAUCGUAAGUAGGUCCUGGAUAUCACACUAGCCUCUCACACGAUACAGCAGGAUCUUUGAACAACACCCCUUCUCGGACCACAGAUACGUGGAAUACGAUAUUGGAGAGCGUCGUAUGAACGGUGUGUGUCGGCGAUGAACUCAAGAUUAUUGUUUCCUUUUUGAAUCAUAGUCUCUCGUGCGGUCGCCAACCAUGAACUCAGCAAUGUGUCAACAACAGUAGCUUUGAAUCUAUGCACGUGAUCACCAUCUGGUGUUUUACCGUACCGAUAAGCAAGCUGUUCAAUGGUACCGGUGGCGUCUCAAUUUCAGGUUGUUGCCCUGAUCCUGAUACGCAACACAUACCUUUGACUCAUGUUAAUAUGCGUGAGCGCGUGACAAUGAGGACAUUCUUUGUCUAAUCAACACUUUCUGUUGAGCGGAAUUUUUAAUAUCUGGCUCGUAUUCGAGUUGGAGAUGAAGGAACGAAGAGGAUGUAAAUGCUCUGUGUACUUGAUGGCGUUGUCGGUAAUUUUCUCCGAUAUUAUCAAUAUGUACCGACGCAAUAAAUUAAAGCAUUACUUGAUUAAAAAAACACUAAAAUCUAUUAAAAAUUACGGGUGAUAUGAAGCUUAAAAAUACCUUACGACCCAUUCGUAGUUCUACCUAUAAUAAAAAAAAAUAUCAUAAGAAUCGAUCGUGCAGCUUGGGAGGAGUUCAACCACAAACACGAGAUUUAUAUAUAUAUUGAUUUGAUAUUGCAUUAUUUAAUUUUUCGGUGAUAUGAUAUUAUGUCUUCUAAUUGAUUAUAAUCAAAUCCAAAAUAGUAGCUAUAACGACUCAGAUUUAAUUUUAGUUUUGUGUUGAACAGCUGUUUUUGUAUGACAUUCAUUCUUUCGUUAUAUGAUAUUUUUAAAAAUUUUAUUUUUUGUUUUUUUUAAACAAAAAGAUUAAACUCUGUUUUACUACAGUACAGUCCAAUCACAGAGUUUAUCACUUCAAAUCAAAUUCAAUUCAUUUUGAGGCAUACCCAUACGCUGAAGCAUCCUAUACGAAUUAUUCCGAUAACAUAACAUAUGUUUUUCGCGUGUUCAAGCAAGCACGGAAUUAAAAUCAUAACAAAAUUCGAGCAAUGAAUCAUUAAAAAGAG